GCCACUUUUAAGACAAUCAAGAUCAAUAUCACAAGCCACACAAAGCACAAGCACAAUCAAACUACACCGUAUUUCUUCUUCCAACAAAGACAGCCCAACAUGCCUCUCACAAGAACUCACCGCCAUACUACCCCUCGCCGCUCCAUCUUUAGCACCCGCCGUCGUGCUCCGGCUCGCUCCCACCACACUGUCACAACCACUACAACCACCACCAGAAAGCCUCGUCGCGGCUUCUUGGGCGGUGGACGCCGUACCCAUGCUGCUCCCGUUCAUCAUCAGCAGCGCAGGCCUUCCAUGAAGGACAAGGUCAGCGGAGCCCUUCUUAAGAUCAAGGGUAGCCUUACUCGUCGACCUGGUGUCAAGGCUGCUGGAACUCGGCGCAUGCGUGGCACCGAUGGCCGCGGCUCUCAUCGCCGUGCCCGUCACUUCUAA